AUGUCCGAUAAUCCCCAAGCAAUCACUGGCGGGGCCACGUACCCGUACCAGAUCUACAAACCAGAGCUGGAACAGGUGCCGGCACAGAUCGCGACGCUCCUGGCCGAAUACGCGGGCAUCCCACUGGAGGUGCAGAAGGAGCACAUCAAGACGGUGCGCGACCGGGCGUUCAAGUCGCACCCGUACCCGUGCCUGGGGCGGUGGCGGUUCCUUGAGCUCGACCUGUCCAGCCACCCGUUGUACCAUAGCCACAUCCUGCCAAUGCUAGCGGCAUCCAAGGAGGAAAAAGCGCCCGAGCCCGACGAGGCCUCCGAGGUGGUGGGCAAAAACGAAACCCCGGGUUGGAUCUUCCUGGACCUGGGCUGCUGCCUGGGGCAGGACAUCCGCAAGCUGAUCUUCGACGGUGGGGACGCCCGGCGCAUCUACGGCGCGGACCUGCGCCCGGAAUUCAUCGACAUCGGAUACGCGCUGUUCCGGGACGAGGACAAGUUCCCGCGCGCCGAACACUUCGUCGCCCCGGCUGACGUAUUCGAUUUCUCUCCCGACAGCGAGCUGAGCAAGAAGUGCGACGGCCGCGUCGGCAUCUUGCACGCCACAUCCGUCUUUCACCUCUUCAGCUGGGACGAGCAGGUCGUCAUGGCCCGCCGGUGCCUGCAGCUGAUGACCGCCACGAACGGGCGCGUGCUGAUCUGCGGAUGCCAGGUGGGCAACGAGAACCCCGGCGAGUUCCCCCGGCUCAGGGGCGGGAGCACGCGGUACAGACACAACGAGGCGAGUUGGAAGAAGAUGUGGGAUCAGGUCGUCCGCCAAGAACCGACCAGGAGCAAAGUUCGUGCUGUCGAGGUCGAGGCGGUCAUGUUGGGCAGGAACAUCAACGAACGCGUCGGGGAGGAGUUGGAAGUUCCGCAGCACCAGCGCGAGGCUCAAGCGCAAGAUCAGAACGCAUUAAGCAGCAAGACGGAGGGAGACGAGGGAGACAAUGACGAUGAGCGGAAGCACAUUGGUAGGUUUGAAAAAGGCUUCAGGUGGAUGAAGUAUUGGGUCUGGAUUGAUUUCGCUUAG